GGGGAUGAUGGGGUGAGAGGCCCGGGAGAAAGGUUCGGGCGACGGGGAGGAUGAGAAGUUCCGGGUGAAGUCUGGAGACCAGCUGGGGCAGGGAGGGGGUCCCAGGUGGAAAUAUGGACAGAGGCCGGUGGGCUCACAUUGCAAAUGCAAGAGGAGGUUGGGGUGGGCGGUUGGGGAGGGCGGUUGGGGUGCUCUGAAAGACCUGGGCUGUGACCCUCUGCAGAGCGCUGACCACGCCCCUUAGGUGAGCCAGCCCAGGUACCCACGACGGGCUCUGCCCAGCCUCCCACUCCCCGUCUCACUUUUAGUGGUAACCCUCCUCCCUACGCCCCGCUAGGACUGGGAUAGGGUAGGAAAGGUAGAGGACGCCACCCCCAUCCUACUCCCCGUCGCGCUCCGGGGCUGUUUGCUUGCAGCUCCCAGGUGAUCGAGCUCCCUGCACCUGCGGGGCUGGCUCCUAGGCACGUGAAGAACGGAAAGGAACCCGUUUCCUAGUCUGCCCUGGGUUCUCCUGAGGCCGUUCCACAAUCCUGUCGUGACUGCCUCCCCCCUUGGCAAAAAUGUCUGCAUUAGCAGUCCCGUCCCCACUCCCCAAACAGCUGGUCCCAGGAUCACUGUUGGAGUGCUGGAUGGAGCCUUUCUCUGUCCUCUGUGACAUUUCCAAUUUAGAUAAUGCCUCACAUCUCUGCCCCCCCGGGACCCCCUGAAGUCCCCAUGAUCCCGAAGAAGACAGCUUGAACCUAGGUGAGUCCACCCCCACCCCCCUCUAAAAUUGGGAGGGACGUUCUCCAGAGACUCCUUUGAAAAGGCCCUGAAUGAUGUAAGCAACCUUGGGGGUGGGGACCUAGAGUAGUUGGCCUGAGUGGUUCAGGGAGGAGGUGGAGAGUGAGACUUGGGCUGGAAAUGACAGGUGGUAGGUAGGGCUGCUGGUGGUUACAUUCUGUUUCUUUUCCACGCAUGACUGUACACCUGUGUGCUCCCUUCUGUGACUUCGCUCUUUGCCUCUUUUCCUCUUUAACUCUUGGCACCACCUUGGUUCUUAACUGAUGAUCUCUUUGCUGGCUUGCUCUUCACCUGCCUGCCCCCAGAAUUCUCCUCUCUCCUUCCUUAGACCUGAGCCCAGGAUGUUGCGGAGGCUGCUGGAGCGGCCCUGCACACUGGCCCUGCUGGUGGGCUCCCAGCUGGCUGUCAUGAUGUACCUGUCACUGGGGGGCUUCCGAAGCCUCAGUGCCCUAUUUGGCCGAGAGCAGGGGCCGACAUUUGACUAUUCUCAUCCCCAUGAUGUCUACAGUAACCUCAGUCACCUGCCUGGGGCCCCUGUUGCCCCAGGCGGCCCUCCAGCUCCUCAAGGUCUGCCCUACUGUCCAGAACGAUCUCCUCUUUUAGUGGGUCCCGUGUCCGUGUCCUUUAGCCCGGUGCCAUCACUGGCAGAGAUCGCGGAGAGGAACCCCCGGGUGGAACCCGGGGGCCGCUACCGCCCCGCGGGGUGUGAGCCCCGCUCCCGCACGGCCAUCAUCGUGCCCCACCGGGCCCGGGAGCACCACCUGCGCCUGCUGCUCUACCACCUGCACCCCUUCCUGCAGCGCCAGCAGCUCGCUUACGGCAUCUACGUCAUCCACCAGGCUGGAAAUGGAACGUUUAACAGGGCCAAGCUGCUAAAUGUUGGCGUGCGGGAAGCCCUGCGUGAUGAGGAGUGGGACUGCCUGUUCUUGCACGAUGUGGACCUCCUGCCCGAGAACGACCACAAUCUGUAUGUGUGUGACCCCCGGGGACCCCGGCAUGUUGCUGUUGCCAUGAACAAGUUUGGAUACAGCCUCCCGUACCCCCAGUACUUUGGAGGAGUCUCAGCUCUCACUCCUGACCAGUACCUGAAGAUGAAUGGCUUCCCCAAUGAAUACUGGGGCUGGGGUGGUGAGGAUGACGACAUUGCUACCAGGGUGCGCCUGGCUGGGAUGAAGAUCUCUCGCCCCCCCACGUCGGUGGGGCACUAUAAGAUGGUGAAGCAUCGUGGUGAUAAGGGCAAUGAGGAGAACCCGCACAGAUUUGACCUCCUGGUCCGUACCCAGAAUUCCUGGACGCAAGAUGGGAUGAACUCGCUGACAUACCGAUUGCUGGCUCGAGAGCUGGGCCCUCUCUAUACCAACAUCACAGCAGACAUUGGAACUGACCCUCGGGGUCCCCGGACUCCCUCUGGUCCCCGUUACCCACCUGGUUCUUCCCAGGCCUUCCGUCAAGAGAUGCUGCAGCGCCGGCCCCCAGCCAGGCCCGGCCCUCUGCCUACUGCCAACCACACGGCCCCCAACGGUUCACACUGACUCGUCCUGCCUGCCCACCUCAAUCAUGAAACCGAAUCAGACGGGUUGUACUCUCCCCACCCUCAGGUCCUCACUGCUCUUAGAGGGAUGUGGGGGGACACAACUCCAGGGCUGCGCUGGAGGCCAGGGCCUCUCCUCACUGCUGGACUGGAGCUGGGCUCCUUCAGACCUGGGGGUCCCUCUUUCUAGGGUCACCUGCCAGGGCUUAUGACUGUGAAUCCUUGGUGUCAUGAUUUUAUGUGAUGACUCCUGAGAGUCCCUGGCCCCUGGGUAAGAGCAGGGCUGGACCCCAAGUCCCUUGAUCUUUCACGGAGAGAAGAGCAAUCUGGCUUUUCCCGGGACCUCUGUGAAUAUUUAUUCUAUUUAUGGUUCCGAGGAAGUACGUUUGGUGAAGGAAGCCCCUCCCUGGGUACUUUCUGCCAGUGCUCGAGUAGCUUCCUCUUCUGGACCUGGCUCAGGGGGCUGGGAUUUUGAUAUAUUUUCUAAUAAAGGAGUUUGUCUUGCCUCUG